GCUUCCGACUCCGUUGAACGCUGAGUUACACCGCCAGCCACCUCAGUCGCAUUUCCGGUUUUCCGCCAUUACUUGAACGCAUGCUCUAAUUCUUCAUUCCAAACCUCUCAAACUCUAAGUGAUUUUAACAUAUUGGUCUUUGCCUCAAAUGAGGGGAGGGUUAGUCCAUUGUUAAGAGCAUUGAGAAUGUCAGAGAAGCAAAUUGCCAAGGAUGGGGUUUUCUGAGGAUUUGGACUUUUCCAUUUGGGAUUGUAAAUACACCCAAGAUGAAAGAUGUUCAGAAAAUACUUGGCCAUUUGACUUGUACUUCAGUCCUAGACUUGAUAUCAUCGAGGAAAACGCGUUAAAUGAGAAAUCUUGUAUUGAAGUACUUAACAUAUUGAAUGCAAAAGGCAAAGCAGAGAUCUUCAAAUGUGAAACAAAUAUAGAGAAACUCAAAAGUGACCUCGCCCUGGUUGAUGAUAAAUGGGAUGCACCAUGCCUUACUACUUCAAGUCAGAAGAUAAAUAUCAUGGACGGAAUGACACAGGAUUUGAAGGAUGCAAAUGUUAAUGGUGAUCUUGAUCAAGGAACUCAGCAAAUGAACAAAAACAUAGCUGAAAAUAUGCUUGAAACUCUGCUGCAAGAUUCCUCUCCCCAAAGUGAUGAGGAGGUCUUAAACGCUGUCACAAAAGAUUCAGCUGCAGAGCCUUUAAGAGACGACGACUGUUCCAAUCAAAGACGAAAGAGGAUCAGAAUAGGUUCAGAAGAUCUCUGCGAGGAUGAAGUUGGAGGGCUGAGUAAUUUUGAUGGAUGUAUAGGCCUGAGUACAACUAAAGAAGCCACAGGAACUAAGGCUGCAGGUGGAAAUAUGGGAACCAGUGUAGAUAGUAUAAACCGUGAGGCCAAGGAGGCAGUGAUUAGUCAAAGCAUUGAAAAUGAAACAGCAAGUCAACUGUCGGAGAUGCGACUGAUCAGUAAAGAAGAGAAGGGGCAAGGGACUCUGCUUGGCAAAACUGAAGACAGCGUUGGGGAGGAGUUCCUGUCAGUUUGGUUCAACAAGAAGGUUAAGGAUCUGAGAAAAACAAAGAUAAAAACAGAACCACACGAGGACAAACAAUUUGAAGGCAGCGAUUCAAGUUUGUGUGUGAAGCUGAGAAAUGAUAAACUGAUGGAGAAAGAAUGGGCAGCGUUUGAGAAACUGGAUUGUGUUGCCGAAGAAUUGGGAUCAAAACCGCCUCCUAACAGACAAAAAACAGGGUGCAAGUCUAGGAGUGGAGACAAGACCACCAUCAUCAGUCCCUUGGCAACCAAGAAUGAAUCCCAGACAGCAUUAGUCCCUGCCAAGAAUGUUGGUUUUGCUCCACCGACAGAAAGGAAAAUAGUUGAUUUGCCAUCCGUGAAAGAGGAAGAAAUGUCGGGGGGUUUCCAGAUGAUAGCAGCAACGUCCAGUGGCACUCUUAUAGAUGUUGAAGCCAGUACUGGGAAUAUAGCUGAAGCAGCAGAUGUCCCGCUAGAAAGAGAGCUGGAGCGUAUGAAAAUGAAGCAACUAAUUGCCAUUGCAAAGGAACACAACUUGAGAGGAAGGCACAGCCUUAAAAAGACGGAGCUGCAACAAAGAUUGCUAUUGUUUCUGCAAGCUAAAAGAUCCAACCAUAUAUAACACACCAAUCUUUUUUUCUUGUUUUGACUAAUGUGUUGUAGGCUGUAGUAAGCUGAAGAAGGUUUUGCUAGGACCUUCCAUAAUUAGAAAUGGUUUAAGAUGAAAAGUCAAAAGGAAAAAUUGGCCAUAUACGGAGUAUAACACACCAAUUUUUUUAUUACUAAUGUGUAGGCUGCAUUAACCGGUGAAGGUUUUGUUAGGUCUCCAAUAAAACAUCAAAUAGAAAUUGUUUAAGAUG